AUGGUGUUGUUUAAGACUAACAUUCCAGAACGUCAGUUCCAUCAAUUUUCACAACUUGAUUCUUUGAAAGAUGAAUUAAUCGAUGAGGAUUUAACUACAUAUCGCAGCUAUUUACAAUCAUUGCACGAUAACAUGGUGGAGCGAUUUCAUGAUGUUAUUGCACUGAAUAUUCCAAUUUGGUAUAACAAUCCGUUUGAGGUCGAAGCAGACCAUUGCGAGGAUGAUGUUCAGGAGGAAUUGAUAGAAUUACAAAAUGAAAAUGACGCCACAGUACGAUAUUGCCGUAAUGGCAGGAAAGAGUCAACAAUAUCAAGACGGUGUAGUAAUCGUCCUCAUGUGUUUGUCAUGACUGUGGACAAUUUAUUGUGA